AAUUAGUGAAUUUUUAACGAGGAACAAACAGGGUCUAAGAAAUAACACAAUUCAAUUCAGUAACAACAAUCUCCUUCGCCAGUCGCCACCACCACCACCACCUAACUCCGGCUUCCUCCGCCGCCGCCGACUCCACUGCCACCACCUAACUCCGUUUUCUCCGCCACUUCCUAUCCGCCGCUACUAUCAGAUCCUACAGCCGUAUACUCGAAAACAAUCUCCGCCGCAUUAGUUGAACUGCUCGAUAUCAACAAAAAAAAACCAGAGUCGGUGCAUUGGAGUGAAUCGGUGUUUUGAUCCACAAUUCAGUCCGAAUCAUCAUCCAUCGAUAAUUAACAAUGGAAGAUGAUUUCGAAUGUUCAAUUCCAGUUGCAAGAGGUGGACCAAUUUAUGUUUCAAAUAUGGUUGCCUCUGUCACUAGGGUUCCUCUUUUUCAGGAUUCACUUCAAUCUGAACUUCAGAGUCUAGAAGCUGAGUUACCUCAAGAUUCUUCUCAUGAUUUAUCGGUUGAUGAUCUUAAAGUUUAUACAGAUGAUGAUUUGAUGGACAUGGCUUUGAAACAAGUAUUCCAGGAUAAAGAGAACAAUGAAAAUCAUCCACCAUUGAAUCAACCUAAUGCAGAGUGUCAGAAGAAGCGCUUCAAGAGAAAGGGUAGUGGAACAAAUAAUCCUAUUCUUGAUAGUAAUCGUAUAGAAAAGGUGGAGGAGGUUGUAAGAAUCAAACAGAAGCAGGAAGCAGACAAGGCGGAAGUCAGACUUCAUUCAUUUGAUCCUCUUUGCAAGAUCGAUGAACUCACCAACAAGUCAGUAGGAACUGAAAGGAUGAUGUCUCUUAGGUCCACAAGUUCUGCCCGAAAGGUGAACACAGCGGGCCUUCAGGAACACAUACCUGUGCAAAAUCCAGAAGUUGUUCUCUUUGUAGAGAUUUACCAUAAUGUUCGAAAAGGUGUUAAGAUCCAAGAGUUGUUAGUUCUUGGUGGACAGACCUUAGCAGUACUGAAGGACAAGAUCUGUUGCUCAACGGACCAGAUUAUGCAAAAAGCUGGACAACAUGAUCCUUCUGGUUAUUUUCUCAUUGAGGAUGUAUUUUACACUGAUUUGAGGGAUCCAUCUGCUAUUGAUUUGACCAGACCCAUAAUUGAUUGGCUCCGAAAUUCCAAGGAGGAGGCACAAAAGAAAUGGGAAUGUAUUAUAAAUGGAAAAUUGCAGCAAAAACAAAAGGCAGUCAUUGGCGAAGCAUCUGCAUCACACGUGCCUCGUUUUGCAUCUGUUCAGAUGCACAUGACACGUUUUUGUGACUUAAGCUUUCGACUUGGUGCUGGAUACCUUUAUUGUCAUCAGGGUGACUGUACCCAUACCUUAGUAAUACGAGAUAUGAGGUUCAUUCAUGCGGAUGAUGUACAUAAUCAAGCUGUUUAUCCAAUAGUCACAUUUCAACUGAAGAUGCUUUUUAAAAAAUGUAGAGUUUGCAAAAUAUUCAGAGCUACUAAGGUCACAGUGGAUGACAAAUGGGCACCCGAAAACCCUUGUCAUUUUUGUGAUGAAUGUUUUUCCUUACUUCACCUAGCAGAGGAUGGCUCGCCAUUGUAUACUAACUUCGUAGAAUAUGAUUAUAAUCAUGAUUAAUUGUUGUUAGCCUUGAAGUGCACAUACCGACUAUAUCACA